AGGCAGAUCGAGCACACACUCUCCCUCACACACACUCGCACUCACAUACGCUCUAUCUCCAUCACGACGCGACGCUGAGGUCUCUCUCAGAAGAUGCCUCUCCAGUCGACUUUGUCCGGGGGGAAAGGGAAGGUGAAGGCCAUCGACACGCAGUGGGAUGGGAAGUCGUUCGAGCAGCUGAGGCAGGAGUGUCUGCAGAAGAACGCUCUGUUCGAGGACCCCGACUUCCCCGCCACCGACUCCUCGCUCUUCUUCAGCCAGAGCGUGCCCCUCCAGUUUGAAUGGAAGAGGCCCGGCGAGCUCUGCAACAACCCCAAGUUCAUCGUGGGAGACGCCAACAGGACGGACAUCUGCCAAGGACAGCUCGGCGACUGCUGGCUCCUGGCGGCCAUCGCCUCCCUGACCCUGCACAAAGACGCCUUGGUCCGAGUUGUUCCUCACGACCAGAGCUUUGACCGCAACUACGCCGGCAUCUUCCACUUCCAGUUCUGGCAGCACAACAAAUGGCUGGACGUGGUGGUGGAUGACAGGCUGCCGGCGGUGAGGAACCGCCUGGUGAUGCUGCACUCCGCCUCCAACAAUGAGUUCUGGAGCGCCCUGCUGGAGAAAGCCUACGCCAAGCUGCACGGCAGCUACGAGUCUCUGAAGGGCGGCAGCACCAUGGAGGCCAUGGAGGAUUUCACUGGCGGCGUCGGGGAGAUGUACGACACCAAACAAGCUCCAGACGACCUGUUCACCAUCAUGAAGAAGGCCCUGGACCGAGGCUCCAUGAUGGGAUGCUCCAUCGAUAUCACCAGCUCCGCAGAGUCGGAGGCUCGCACGACCACCGGCCUGGUGAAGGGCCACGCCUACUCCAUCACAGGCCUGCAGGAGGUGACCUGCAGAGGGAGGAAGGUGAAGCUGAUCCGUGUCAGAAACCCCUGGGGGCAGGUGGAGUGGAACGGCCCCUGGAGUGACAAGUCGAGGGAGUGGGAUUAUGUCAACAGAGCAGAGAAACAGCGCAUUCUUCAGAAUUCAACAGAUGACGGAGAAUUCUGGAUGGAGUUUGAGGAUUUCAAAGCGAACUACGACAAGGUUGAGAUCUGCAACAUGACCCCCGACUCGCUGACGGACAGCACCAAGCGCCACUGGGAGGUCAACCUGUUUGAGGGCCAGUGGAUCCGGGGCUCCACCGCCGGAGGCUGCAGGAACUACAUUGACACGUUUUGGACCAACCCGCAGUUCAAGCUGAGGCUGGAGGACGCUGAUGAUGAAGAUGAUGUGUGCAGCGUGGUCAUCGCCCUGAUGCAGAAGAACAGACGCAAGCUGAGGAAGGAAGGCCUGGACCUGGAGACCAUCGGCUUCGCUGUGUACGAGGCUCCCGAGGACGCCGACCACGUGGGGAAGGAUUUCUUCCGCUACCAUCCGUCCAAGGCUCGCAGCAGGACCUACAUCAACAUGAGGGAGGUGUCGGAGCGCUUCACCCUGCCUCCUGGCGAAUACCUGCUGGUCCCCACCACCUUCCAGCCGCACCACGAGGCCGACUUCCUCAUCCGCAUCUUCUCUGAGAAGAGGGCCGGAGCUCUAGAGAUGGGCGAAACUGUGGAUGCUGACCUGCCAGAGCCGCCCCCGCCCAGCCUGCCAGAGGAGGAGACGGAGGAGGAGCGAGGGCUGAGGAGGCUGUUCGAGCAGCUGGCCGGUCCGGACCAGGCCAUCUCAGCCAGGGAGCUGCAGCAGAUGUUGAACGGCGUCCUCAGCAGAAGAAGAGAGAUCAAAUUUGACGGCCUGAGUCUCGGCACCUGCCACAGCAUCAUCAACCUGAUGGACGUGGACAACACAGGAAAACUGGAGUUCCAGGAGUUCAAGAUCUUCUGGGAGAAGAUGAAGAAGUGGAUUAUGCUCUUCCUGUCCUUCGACACCGACCGCUCGGGGAAGAUGUCCUCCUACGAGCUCCGCAUCGCCCUGAAGGCUGCAGGCAUGAAGCUGAACAACAAGCUGCUGCAGCUGCUGGGCCUCCGGUUCGCUGACAGCAACUACGACAUCGACUUCGACGACUACCUGACCUGCAUCGUGCGUCUGGAGAACAUGUUCAGACUUUUCCAGGCGAUGGACGAAAACAAGAAGGGAAAGGUGACGAUGAACAUGUUUCAGUUCCUGAUGUUGUCGAUGAACGCCUGAAGAACAACUGGAAGCAAACCGGAAGCCUCAGAAGAACAAAACACCACAACACACACACACACACACACACACACACACACACACACACACACACUGUUUUUAAUUGUUUAAAGCCCUCGGCAUCUGUUUGUUUCUUUACUGUGUAGUGAAACUCUCGUGUGAGUUUGUGUCUGACCUGGGAGUUAAAUGACAGAUUUUUAAAUUUGGGUGAAUUUUUGAGUUUACUGUCACUGCAGCCUCUGUGCAAAAAACAACAUAAUAAAUCUUUAUUAAA